AUGAAACUCCCUACUUUUGCCUUCCUCGCUGGCCUUGUAGCUAGUACAGCUGCACAACAGGUCAAAGUCAUGUUGCUCGGUGACUCCAUUACUGAGAUCACCUGCUGGAGAACCCUAGUGUGGGACCAAAUCACAUCAGCCGGGUUAGCAGACAGUGUCGACCUCGUCGGCACCAUGGACGCCCUCCAAUCAAAGUGCUCGAGACCACAAGGUUUCGAUCCGAACCAUGAGGGCCACUCGGGCUGGCAGGCGUACGAUAUUGCCAGGAACAACAUCGCGGGCUGGGUUCAGAGCGCCAAGCCCGAUAUCAUUCAAUUCAUGCUCGGCACCAACGAUGUCAACCUCGGCAAGCGGGACGUCGAGAGCAUCAUCGGCUCGUACACAAUGAUGCUCGAUGCCAUGCGUGCCGCGAACCCCAGGGUCAAGGUAAUCGUCGAUAAGGUGCUCCCGACAAGCUGGAACGACCCGACUAUUGAGGCCCUCAACAACGCCAUUCCAGGCUGGGUGCAGCAGCAAACAACAGCGGAGUCGCCCGUUGUCAUUGCUGACUGCUCAAGAGCUGCCGGGUUCACCAACGCUAUGCUGGAUGACGGUGUCCAUCCUAACAGCCAGGGUGAUGAGUUCAUCGCAGGGCAGAUCGGUCCCAAGCUAAUAGAGCUCAUCAACGACGUUCGAGGUGGCACCAAAUAA